AUGUCCAGCCCAUUAAUCGUCGACAUCCACACCCAUGUCUACCCACCCGCAUAUAUCGACAUGCUCCGCGCCCGCCACAAGCGCUGGCGGCCAGCGGACUCGUCAUACUCCGACAUCAAGGUCAAGCUCGACUUUAUGGAGAAACAGGGCAUCGACUGCAGCAUGAUUUGCCUCGCCAACCCAUGGCUCAAUUUCAUCGGGGAAGGACAAGCCUCUGAAUGGGCACAAAAGAUCAACAAUGACCUGGAAUCUACCUGUGUGCAGGCCAAUAGCGCUCAACCGGACAAGCUGCCACAUCUCUUUGCCUUUGGUGCCCUACCACUCGGCGCGCCGCAGCAGGUCACCGUGGCGGACGAAGUGCAUAGAGUCAGUACCCUCCCUCAUAUCCGCGGCGUGAUUAUGGGGACAACCGGACAAGGCAAUGGCCUGGAUGACCCCGAGCUAGAGGCUGUUUGGGAGCCCUCCAAGACACCCAGCUCAUGCUCUUCUUGCAUCCGCACUAUGGCUUGCCGGACGAGGCAUUCGGGGGACCUGAGAUCGUUCGUCGCUACGGUACGUUCUCCCGCUGGAGAUACUCUUUCGCCACACUUGCACUAA